CACACGCAGAGUGAGCUCAGAAUUCAAUCCCUCCUCCGCUCCGCUGAGAUGGACUUGGUGAAGCUGCUGACAGCUCUGUUCUGCGUCUCCUUGGGCUCCAGCUGUGCGUCGCGACUUCUCGGCGGUCAGCGUAUUUGCCGGAGGGGCACAGACCUGCCAUGCUACAAGAUCGCCUACUUCCAGGAUGGGGGACACAGGCUGACUUUCGACGAGGCUAGAAAUGCAUGCCGCAGUGACAGAGGCGAGCUCCUCAGUGUCGAGACAGAGAACGAACAGCAUCUGAUCGAGCGGUUUGUGCAGCAGCUGCAGGCCACCCACGGGGACUUCUGGAUCGGUUUUCGCAGGAGCCACGGGUACCUGGAGUCACGCAGCAACUGCUCUUGGCAGUACCGUUGGCUGGAUGGUAGCCUGGCAACCUUCAGGAUGUGGCACACAGGUGAGCCGUCCUGCGGCACUCAGGUGUGUGUGGCGAUGGGCAGCCAGUUAUCGCGACCCUCUGAUGGCUUGCGCACACUUCCGUGGAAUGACGACGACUGCGGCACCAGGAAUAAUUUCAUCUGCAAGUACUCCCAAGAACUGCCACGGGUGCCUGCUGAAAGAUCUGUACCACAGCCAGAUGCUCCCAUCAUCCCUACACCAUCAAGGAACCCACCAGUCACACUGAGCGACGAGGAAGGCAGUCACCUGAAUGUGGUCUACAUCAUCUUCCCCAUUGGCUCUCUCCUGCUGCUCCUGCUGCUGGCUUCAGGGAUCAUCUGCUGCAGGGCUCUCACCAGAGGGUGGAAGGAACGAGCGCCGCAAGCCGCAGAGGGGUGUGGCAGGACCUUGGGUCAAAAUGUUCACAGGGACAUCUACAAGCACCGUGAUCCCAACCUGUUAGCGACGUACCGUCCCUUCUCAGGCGACUACGAGAACCUGCCAAAGAGGGACCUGGACAGUGGCUUUGUCACCAACAUCAUAUACGAGACAUGUCAAGGCCAAGGGCGAUCGUGUCGUGAUGCUGGCUGGGUGGAGAAUGAGAUCUAUGGCUAGUGGAGGCAGUAGAUUUUCUUUGUGCCACAUCCAUCUCUGCUGUCCACUGUGGGCCAGUCCAGACUUGGAGUCAUAUUCCCCUUGGGUGGAGCCCCCGUCAUACUGGCGGCUGUGGGACUGGUUUAUCUGGAAUGGCAAAGCUAAUAUAAAGGGGCAGUCACACUCAGGUGCUCUCCGUUGCCCUUAUGGAAGUGGACAUCUUAGUAUCCAUCCCAAAGGGGACUGUGUUAACCUUAGUGCAUGAGCGCUGGAUGAGUUCCUAGGACAUUAACCACUUUCUUGAACAUCCUCUGAAACAAUGACAAGUUCUUCUGUAAAAGAGGCCCUUACGUUCCCUUUGGUGGGACCAGCUGGUCAGGGUGCACCAUCUCAGCUUUGCCUUGCACUGCAGUGUGGUGCAUGACGGGCACAUGCUGUUAUGUGGUUUUGCAGUAGAUCAUGCCAAUGAACUCAUGGCAUGUUCUCCAUGACCAACCCAUGAACAUGCAGCACUAAUAAAGCUGCAAAGUGAAAUACAAGUCAUGACUAGUGCUUUUGUCCAUCAUUACAAACUAUACGAAAUUAAUACAGCAAAUACAACAGUCAUUUGCAAAGACUUCAGUGCAUGAGGCGAAGACCAUUUAGAUGAGAAUCCCAAAAGACGGGGGGCUACUGAUACAGUAUCGACUUUUUUAGCAGUGAAGUAUUUCCAAAUGAUAGGUG